GUCGGUGUGUGUGUGUCGGUGCCGCCUAGGAACAUUCGGGCCGGCGCGGCUGGCAGUGCUCACAACAGUGCCCACUUUCUAACAUGGCAGAUCAAUUUGUGUUGUAUUAUCAUGUGACGGCGAAACGCUCCCGUUGAUAGGAUCCGUAACCUCGUGUGAAGCGAUCCUAGUCCUCCCCGAUAACCUCGCGAGUGUGGACGCGCGGACGCGAUCGCGUUAAAUGUCCGUCGCGAUGGCGGACCUCAAGAGCCCGCCGUUCAGUGACAUCAAACGGCCCGAGGAGGUGGUGGCGAUGGCGAUGAACGACAGCCUCAAGUUCGCCGUGCUGAUCGGCCUGAUCGAGGUGGGACAGGUGUCCAAUCGGGAGGUCGUCGACACCGUGCUACACCUGCAGUGCUCCUGAAUGCAGAUGUGAUAACUAACGAGUAGCAUAUCGUGCUUUUCGUCCGCAUUACUUAGUACCGCGGUUACUCGGCGCCAUACAGCUCGUUCUUUCUCGCUGACAGCAAUGCUAAUUUUCACUGGCAACAAACGUUCUAACAAGUAUUACCAUAACUCUUUGGUUACAAUAUAUAACA